AAGCAUUGCAUCUUCUAAAUACUAUGAAGUUAUCCUUUUGGGUUUUGCCUCUAUUGCGGAAAACACAAAUCUUCGGUUACAGAAUUCGUGUACAAUUUGUAAAAGUAUUUGGCUGUUAUAUUCUCUCCCUAUACACCCAUAAGCACCCUUUCGCCAGCCUGUGUAGCUCUUGCAUGUAAUCUAUCAUCCUUGAUAAUUAUACACAAAAUAAUACAAAACAGAUAACAAGAAUAAGGAGAACUGCUAAAGUGAAUUACGAAUGCGGCGUGGAAACAUAGCAUUAGACUUUCUCCGGUCGAGUCCUAGUUAACUUGUUUCUUUUAUUACUUUUGUUUAUGGAGCAAUUUAAAUAAGCAAAACUUUACCAAACUGUUUUCAGAUAUAUGAAAUAUAUAUGGAUAUAGAAAAUGUCUUCUCGAAAUAAAUAUACUUCAGAUAAAUUGAAUGUUAUAGACAAAAAAACAUUUGAGUGUAUUCAACGCCAUCAGAACACAGUAAACAAUGGGCAGUUCCGUAAAAUCCGCAAUGCAAAAUAUCGAAAAAAGGGCGCUAUAUCAGGAAGAGAUAGUUCUACUUUUAAUUUGAUGCAGUUUCUUACAAAAACCACCAAACAAAAACAAAAUAAACUUAGAAGUCGCACUCUCUGUAAAACAGGGUGCCGUACAGAUAAGACAUGGAGAAAACGGGGUAAGACGAGGGAGGGUGGCAAACGGAAAAAGUGCUCCAGGUUAAAGAAAGCUAUCUUACGGUACAGAGAUCAAAAAACACAUAUGGGAUCAAAUACGGUAGACAGCUCUGAAUUAUUAAAAGAAACUUUGGAGAAAAUCUCAACUUUGACCAUUGAUUCUAAAGACUGUAAAAAGAAUGAGGAGCGUGUCAAGUCUAAACAAGACUCGAAAAAUUUGCAUUCUAGACGAUUUCGAAGUUAUUGUGACAACUGCACCACCCCUCUCUUAGCUGAACUUUCGGAGAAAUUGCUUCGCGAACUAGAUCGCUUCCAUAAGCGCGCCAUAUCUCAAAAUGCAAUAAAAGCGCAUGCCCACCGACGUUUCGUUGUAGGAUUUCGUGAAGCUCAGUGCUUUCUACUUGUAAAAAAAGUUAAGCUGGUUAUCAUUGCACCAGACUGCGAAAUCUGUGACGGCGCAGAUGGAUUAGAUGCCAAAAUCUCUAAUAUUAAAAACCAGUGUCAACAGCAAAAUAUUCCUUAUCUCUUUGCAUUGCGUCGACGGCAAUUAGCAUACGCCUUAUUUAAAAAGGCUCCAGUCAGUUGUGUUGCUGUACUUGAUUACGAUGGAGCACGUGAAAUAUAUUCCAGUUUAUUGGAGGCCCUGCAGAAGGCAAGACAAGCUUAUGAAGAGCUCACUUCGACGCAUCCAAUCGAUCCAUAGGCCACCAAUCAAAAAUGAUUUCUCAGCACAACUAUAACUAAAUAUGGAGCAGUAGCUUAAAUACAUUUAUUUACUAAAUGUAGAAAGAUCGCAACAUUCUAUAUUCAGUUUAGAAAUUUUAAAACAAUUCAAAAAGCCUUAUUUGCAAGUGUGUUUCGUCAACAAAGA